GCAGCGGAGCUGAGCCGAGCCCGAGCCGAGCCCCGACGCGCUCCGUCCGCCUGCCGGCUCCUGGGAGCCCCGACCGGCUGGAGCCUCAGAGGUGGCAGCGCGGGGAUCCCCACGCGCCGGGAAGCGCGGCGGACGGGGGACGUGACCCGGGAGGCGCUGCCGCCCGGCAGCGGGUGACGGGAGCCGGGACCGCGGCCUCCGGGACCCUGCUGCCCAGGCCGGCCGGCCGGCCGGGCGGGAGCGGGAGUGCGAGGACCCCACCCUUGGGACACCCUGUGCCGAGACCUGCUCCCUCUCUCCUGGGAGGGAGGACCCUCCCUACUCCCCGGACAGCCAGAAGAGAUCGCCGCAGGGCACGCGGCUGUCCCUCCCACGGUGGCUUCAGCGGAGACCUCCAGAAGUCGGGAAGGGUAGUGAGACCUGAAGGACCCGGAGUGAGACCUCCCUCACGCCUCAGCGCACUCCAGACAGUUUGGGACUUUUGAGGCAGAGAGAAAGGGAGCCAUGCCUGUGGAGUAGGCACCCCUGCAUCCCACCCGAGACUNACCGCGGAGAGGCGUCCUGAUACGCACAAGCCAGGACCCUCCAGGGAACCGCCAGGAAUUGGUUCCAGUUUGCUGGAGAGUAGAAGACCUCGCCCCUCAACUUCCGUGCACCUAGACGGUGGACCGGGGCAGAGCCCCUCCGCUCAGAUCUCCAACUGACAGAAAGAGCCCUCAGCCCCUGAAAGAUCCAGUUUGGGGGGGAGGGGGAUUCCCCCAAAGGGGAGGAGACAACUCCUGGCUGGGAGAGGCUCCUCCCCUCCUCCCUAGGGUAGCAGGCAGGGUGUGGGGGGUGUGCCAUCUUCCCCAGGUAGGUCCUCCCUCUCCCCCUCCUCCUCCUUCGGCUCCUNUUCCUCCGGGGACUCAGUUCCCUGCUCCAGCCUGGGAGGCUCCGCCAGGCACUGGAAGAGUCACUGAGGAUGCCACCUGUCACCUGCCUCUGAAGAGGGGAAUCCCUGCAACCUCAAACUUCUGUACCAGGUGGUUUCCUCCAGCAGCGGGGGGAACCUUGGAGACAGAACCCAGAAGUACGAUGGCCUCCGACCUGGAGAGUAGCCUCACCUCCAUAGACUGGCUGCCACAGCUGACUCUCAGAGCCACUAUUGAGAAGCUUGGGAGCGCUUCUCANGCUGGNCCUCCAGGGGGNGCCCGGAAGUGCUCCCCAGGCUCGCCCACAGAUCCUAANGCCACCCUCAGCAAAGAUGAGGCAGCGGUCCACCAAGAUGGCAAGCCACGGUACAGCUACGCCACCCUCAUCACCUACGCCAUCAACUCCUCCCCAGCUAAGAAGAUGACUCUCAGUGAGAUUUACCGCUGGAUCUGCGACAACUUCCCCUAUUACAAGAACGCUGGCAUCGGUUGGAAGGUGGGACUACGUGAGGACCUCACACUCUGUAAUGCUUCUCUUUCCCGUGGGGUUGGGUUCCCCUUCCAGGGCUCCUAUUGGACAAUUGACACCUGCCCUGACAUUUCCCGGAAGAGAAGACACCCUCCAGAUGAUGACCUAUCCCAAGACUCCCCAGAGCAGGAAGCCAGCAAAAGCCCCCGGGGAGGUGUUCCAGGGAGUGGAGAAGCCUCACUCUCUCACGAGGGGACUCCUCAGAUGUCACUGCAGAGCCCCUCCUCCGUGGCCAACUACAGCCAGGGAAACCAUGUGGCCCCAAUCAUUUGCCUGCUUCCUGUCCUCCCUGCAGGCUUUUCCUCACUCCUGGGAGACAUGCCACCUUCUAACAACUACUACGUGUACCAGCAGCAGCAACAGCAGCAGCCACCACCACAGCCGCAGCCACCACCCCAGCAACCACAACCCCAGCAGCAGCAGGCACCCACUCAGGGCCCCUCAAGUGUAGGGGGUGCCCCUCCACUGCACACCCCAAGCCCUGAUGGGUGUACUACACCAGGGGGAAAACAAGCGGGCGCUGAAGGCUAUGGCCCCCCGACUGGGAUGGCCAUGCAUCCUCCCCCACUGCAGCACGGAGGCUACCACCCUCAUCAGCACCACCCCCACUCCCACCCUGCNCAGCAGCCACCACAGCCACAGGCGCAGAGCCAGGCACCCAUCAACAGCACUGGCUUUGCCUUUCCUCCUGACUGGUGCUCCAAUAUUGACUCCUUAAAGGAAAGCUUCAAAAUGGUGAACCGGCUCAACUGGUCCAGCAUCGAGCAGUCCCAGUUCUCAGAGCUCAUGGAGAGCCUACGGCAGGCAGAGCAGAGGAACUGGACCCUCGACCAGCAUCAUAUCGCCAACUUGUGUGACUCCCUCAACCACUUCCUCACCCAGACUGGUCACAUGCCCCCACAAGGGGGCUCCCACCGACCACCUGCCCCUUCCCGCAUCACUGACUCCUGUGCCCUCACCAGUGGCAAACCGGAGCCAUCCAUGAACCAAGUGAAUUCUUACGGGCACCCACAAGCUUCCCAUCUCUACCCUGGCCCAGCACCGAUGUACCCGAUCUCCACCCAGGACUCAGCAGGAUACAACCGCCCAGCACACCACAUGGUUCCCCGGCCACCUGUCCCACCUCCUGGUGCCAAUGAGGAGAUCACCGAUGACUUCGACUGGGACUUGAUCACUUAAUGAAUCACAGUGGACAUCAGCCCAAGGCCUGGUGGUGAAUUCUGGCCACGGGGGAAGAACAGUCCCCGGCCAUCCUCCCCAAACCUGUAUAUAGAUAUAUAGCUUCUUUCUGUUCUCUCUGUCAGAGACGCCACCGCAAGAUGCUGCCGAGGAUAAUCCUCUUUUCCUCCUCAUCCUUUGUUUCCCUCCUAGUUCAUUAUUAUUCUAAUUAUAUUAUUAUUAUUAUUGGUUACAUACUGCCCAGUCUGCUGCCCUCUUACCCUGGGCUUUGCCCUCCCCUUGCCCAUUUGAAAUCUUCAGGUCUCAAGAUGAGGCCGUGAUNGCUGUCAGGAAAGCCUUCAACUGCUAGUUCACCUUUCUCUCUGAGAAACUCAGUGCUGAUCCCACCUUUCAGCUCUGAAUUGUGUUCUGUUCCUGUCUGUUUCAGGCUGGCCUGGAGAGGCCACAGUAAGUAGAGGGGAGGCUAAGACACUGCUUGGCAACCAUGACGUUGCAGUUUUACUCAAUGGUGCUAAUUGUGUCCUCUGAGCUCUCCCGUUAUACAUCCGAUCUUUACUUUUUCCGGCAGUCCUCAUGCCCAUGAUGGGUGGACUUGGAGAGCUGGGUUCAGUAGAAUGCCAUGGAGCAGUGAUGGGUAUAACCCAGCCUGAGGUUGGGUGUGCACUGCCAUGUCAAAGCAUCCCUGGCGUCUUCCUGGUUGAUGCUCUGAGGAGGUUAGCUUGUCCGCUCGAGCAUGAAGACCACUGUCCAUCCUCGGUUCAACUUCUUGGAAACAAUUUCAAUUUAAGGCAUUUUGGCUUUGGAAAAGGAAUUCUUUCUGAGAGUUAGCUGGCUAUUCUGCAUAUAUAAAUGACCUUCCAUCAUCUCUUCUCCUUCAGCGUAUACUUUUUUGUCUUCCUAAAGCUGUUUGUCCAAAUCAUCUACCUGUUUUAUUUUUUGUUCUCCCGUUUUCUGGGAUUCUCAAAAGACAAAAGGAAGGCAUUCUCACUCCUAGUUUCUUCAUGUCAUAGACAUGCUGUGGAAACCUCUUCCCCUCCUGUCACAGCAGACUCAUACCUGUGAUACUGCUGACGGGAGGGUGGGGAGAAGAGAGGGAACUGGCAGAGACGUGGGUGGGAACCUGUCAUUUGUUUAACUGCACAGGGAGAUGCUUCUCUUGAAGUCCCUGUGGGUGGGGUGGAAGCUUUUGAUUUUGACAGGCAAUGAAUAAUUACAUUUCCCUGUAAGAGGGAGAUGAAUUAUACAGAGACAGGGCGCAGCGAGGGCAAGGAGCACUCCUAGGCACAGAGUGGGGAGUCUCCAUUAUCAAUGAGCAGCCAUGAUUUAUUGCUGCAGAGGUCCUGGUGAGGGUGUGGUUGAAUUUGAUCCGAGAGAGGGAAAUCUCACUUCCACCUUAUUUUCACUAAAUUUUCUGAAACAGACAAAACGUAUAGUGUUGACAGGGCCAAUCUCCAUGACUUUUGUUCAUAUGCUUUUAUUUAUCCAUGAUUUCCAAAACACUGGGCUUCCCAUUCUCACUUCCCCUCAUGAAUCCCUUUCCUUUCUUUAGAAGGGGGCUUAUNUAUGAGACUGGUGAAGUCCAGUGAAGCUAAGUAAAGGGGCAAGAUGGGGCAGUUCACUAAAGAGCACUUUAUUUCUUUGUAAGGAAAAAAAAAAAGGGAGUAUAAGAAAAAGUUUCCUCCAGCAGUGUGCGAUGUACUGGUGGGGCCCGUGUAUGACACAGUAGUUCCCACCUAGGGAAGGGGGUGUUUCCCUAGAGGAGGCACACACCUUUGCCAGGUGCCCUACUAGGCAUCUCUUGCUAUGCCUCCCAUUCAGGUGUAUUCUCCACAGCUUCCCUUUGGUUUUCUCGAGGUCUCUCCCUGCAGAUUACCACCUCUUCUUCUAAACACCUUUCCUGGCCAGAUCUGUCCGAGGUUGGGGAGCGUAGGCUGAGUCAUAUUCCAGCUGCCCCGGCUUCUCCAUGUCUUGAGAACCAGUCUCCCUGGUGGGCAGCCAGAGCAGCUACCGUGGGCUGGAGACUGGAGGGUGGCUUUAGGCCCCCUGAGGUUCUAGCUCUCCAGGGUCAGGCUUGCAGAAUGGGGCAGUUUAAACCUGAUCCCCUCUGGGCCUCCGUUUCCCGUGCCCUCCGUGACGUGGAAAGGGAACUACUUUUAUUUUGUUGGUCCGGUGUUGCUGGACAUGAAGUAUAGUCCUUGCCGUUGUCUUGGGUGAUAUUUGCACAGUUGUGGGGUCACUGCCUGAAAGAGGAAAUAGGGGAGACAGCAGAGGCGCAGGACAAAGGAGAAGUCAUUUGUGUUGCUCCACCUAUCCUAGGCUUCCUCUCCUCAACCCCAUGUUUCUGGUUUGCUGAGUUCUUUAUACCACCCAUAAUGCUUUGCAUUGGUGCAGGCUGGGAAGGGGGUGUAUGGGCUCACGACUUGUUUGGUUUUUUUGUUUUGUUUUGUUUUUGUUUUUGUUUUUUUGCAUGC